CGUGACGUCAUCACAGCACGCCAACCCGUUUGGUUUCUCUUGCAGAAGAUAAAAGAGACUGACAAGUGCCUCUUUCUCCGACCUAUUUGAGCGUUUUAUGUUUCUCUGUAGACUCCAUGCUCUUCGCUGUCUGAUGAACGGUUGUUAGCGUAUUUUACGAAAAAAAGGGUCCAAAAGCAGAUUUAUUUCGAGUGCACAGACUGGAUAAAACGCCACUGUACUAGCAACAACGGCCGUCUGUUUUCGGUGAAGUUUUAUCGACCAGGAUGCCCCAGUCCUCUUGUCUCAUCUGAAAACGGUAGGACAGUAGUCUGGAGAUGAAGCAGGAUCCAUUGACCAGGGGUGGUAGCACAGCUACUUCCUGUCCAGGAAGGAUAGACUCUAUUGGGGUAAUGAUGCUAGCCAGCACCCCCUCCUCCACUUCCACCCUCUCUUCCUCCAUAUCCUCCCUCUCUUCCUCCAUCUCUUCUUCAUCCUCCUUGCAGGAAGAAACGAGAAAGGGAGACGAGGAGUUCAUUUGUGGAGAGGAGGAAGAGGGGGAGGUGGUCAGCGUUUCUAUAGUAACCAUAGCGGAGGAAUCCUGCCCUUCGGAACCGUUUGGAACUGUUGCCCACGUGGAGGUAGCAGCCAAUGAGAGCGCAGUGAGGGAUGGAGACUGCCAAUCAAAAACUUCACGAAGUACCCAGACUGAAGAAGAGGAGAAGCAUGAGGAGGGGGAAGGAGGAGAGGGUGUGAAAGAGAAGGCUCAGGGAGAGGAGGAAGGUGAGAUGGCUGAAGAUGAGAGUGACCAUUCUGCCCUGUUAGAGGAGGAGGAUGAGGGAAGGAACCAGGGGUUUGGCUCGGACAGUCUCACCCCUGGAACACCAACACUCCUCAACAUCAAGAUGAAGAGGAAGUUGGACCAUGGACCAGACGUCCGGCCGUUCUCUUCAGGCAAGAAACACUGCAAAGGUUCCAACUACCUCAGUCCCGUUCCAUUCCAGACCACGCCCACUACCUUUGGGGACCUGCGAGCAGCCAAUGGGCAUUCAGCUCAGCGGAGACGUGUCACCUCAGGCCCGCCCCCCUCCGGCCUACAGGACUGGCUACACACCUUCCAGGCGUGGAGUGGUCCUGAGCGUCUAUUGGCUCUGGAUGACUUGAUUGACAGCUGUGAGUCCAAUCAGGUGAAGCACAUGAUGCAGGUUAUCGAGCCUCAGUUCCAACGAGACUUUAUCUCCCUGCUGCCCAAAGAGUUGUCCCUGUAUGUCCUGAUGUUCCUGGAGCCCAGAGAUCUGAUGCUAGCUGCUCAGACCUGUUCCUAUUGGAGGAUACUGGCUGAGGAUAACCUGCUGUGGAGGGAGAAGUGUCGGGAGGAGGGUAUAGAAGAAUCCCUGGUUGUUAAAAGGAGGAAGACUCUAAAACCUGGAUUUCUCCACUCGCCCUGGAAGAGUGGUUACGUACAACAACACCGGAUAGAGAGUAACUGGAGGACUGGGGAUAUCACCUCACCUAAGGUCCUGAAGGGUCAUGAUGAUCAUGUGAUCACAUGUCUGCAGUUCUGUGGUGACCUCAUCGUCAGUGGAUCUGAUGACAACACUCUGAAAGUCUGGUCUGCCCUGACCAGCAAGUGUCUGCGUACAUUAGUAGGCCAUACAGGAGGCGUGUGGUCCAGUCAGAUGAGUGGUAACAUCGUGAUCAGUGGGUCGACAGACAGGACUCUGAAGGUUUGGGACGCGGAGAGCGGAGAGUGUGUCCACACCCUGUACGGACACACCUCUACUGUCCGCUGUAUACACCUGCAUGACAAACAGGUUGUGAGCGGUAGCCGUGACGCUACGUUGCGUCUGUGGGACGUAGAUUCUGGCGAGUGUCUCCACGUCCUGACGGGUCAUGUGGCGGCGGUGCGCUGCGUCCAGUAUGACGGGCACAGGGUGGUCAGCGGAGGAUACGACUUCAUGGUUAAAGUCUGGGACCCUGAGACAGAGACCUGUCUACACACUCUGCAGGGACACACGAACAGAGUCUAUUCACUACAGUUUGACGGCGCCUACGUGGUCAGUGGAUCUCUGGACACCUCCAUCAGAGUAUGGGACGUAGUGACGGGGGCGUGUGUCCACACGCUGACCGGCCACCAAUCGCUGACCAGCGGUAUGGAACUGAAGAACAACAUCUUGGUGUCUGGCAACGCUGACUCGACGGUCAGGGUCUGGGAUAUACGGACUGGACAGUGUCUCCACACACUGCAAGGUCCCCAUAAGCACCAGUCGGCAGUAACCUGUCUCCAGUUCUCUCGCUCCCUGGUGGUCUCUUCAUCAGAUGACGGAACAGUGAAGCUGUGGAGCCUGGCGACGGGGGAGUGGAUCAGAGACCUGGUGGCUCUGCAGAGUGGAGGGUCAGGGGGCGUGGUGUGGAGGAUCAGGGCAUCUAACACCAGGCUGGUAGCAGCAGUUGGCAGCAGGAACGGGACAGAGGAGACUAAACUCAUGGUGCUGGACUUUGACCUCACUGACAACCAGAAGUGAUGUCAUUUAAAAUGGACGUGAUGUCAUCAGGACAGGAUGCGAUAUCAUUGGAUAAGGAUGUGAGGCAAUCAACGAAGGACCCAAUAUCUUCAUACGGGAACGUAAAAGUUGUGACGAUGAGGAAAGGGUGUGAGGAGGAGGUGAAAUAUGUAAGGA